AUGUCAAGCGGCAUCCUACCCAGCUUCGUCGGCGCAUUGCAAGCAUCUGUAGCCGUCCUCUUGACAAUCUUCGCAGGAUCGAUUGCUUCGAGAUAUAACCUCUUGAAAGAAUCAUCGUCCAGAGAUAUCUCGAAGACCUGUGUUAGAUUGUUCCUUCCUGCUCUGUUAAUCACCAAUGUCGGUUCCGAACUCCAUGCAGAUACUGCCCUUCGAUAUGUGCCAGUCUUGAUAUGGGCACUAGUUUACACCCUCUCUUCCAUGGCUCUAGGCUGGACAUUGAGACGAAUCUUCCCCCGCCAUUUCCCAGCAUGGACCACUCCGGCGAUCUGCUUCAACAACACGACAGCGCUCCCGCUGCUCCUCAUCCAAUCCCUCGAAACGGCGGGCAUAUUAAACGACCUACUGAUGGGCGAAAACGACACCUCGUCCGCUGCUCUGAGCAGAGCUAAGUCGUACUUUUUGGUCUCCUCGAUGGUAGGAAACAGCUUGACUUUUGCCAUUGGUCCCAAACUCCUCGACGAUGAAGAAUGUCCGGACGAGCAUCACGACCAGAAGAAGACGGAGCACGUGCAUUCGAAUGGACGAGUCGAGGGAGAUGAAGAGCAUGCGCACCCAGAGCACGCUAACGAAAGCACGACUCUGCUUCCAAAUCGAGUCGCGGAGCGGAGCGGCAUAUUAAGAGACCAAGCUAUCGAAGCAUCGGACAAGCAGUGGCUCAAACUCCCAGCAAUCAUGAGAAAAGCUCUCGAAUUCGCCUACAGCUUCCUCAACGCACCUCUGAUUGGCGCAUUAAUCGGAGCUUUCAUCGGACUCAUCCCACCUCUCCACAAAGCAUUUUUUAACGACCCCUCCGAAGGCGGCUUCUUCAAAGCCUGGCUCACAGCAUCGGUCAAGAACGUCGGCGAACUCUUCGCUGCCCUGCAACUCGUGGUCGUAGGCGCGAAACUCAGCGGCAGUCUCCUCAAGAUGAAGAAAGGGGAAGCGAGCGGGGAAGUGCGACUCAUUCCCCUAUUCACCAUCUUCUUCAUCCGCUUUAUCCUUUGGCCUGUUAUCAGCAUAGCCGUCAUAUUCCUCAUCGCAACCAAAACCUCCUUGCUAACCGACGACCCGAUCCUUUGGUUCGUUCUGAUGUUGAUGCCGACCGGGCCCCCAGCCACAAAACUCACGGCAUUAGCGGACGUCAGUGGAGCGGACGAGAACGAGAAGAUGUCCAUUGCGAAAUUUGUAACGAUAUCGUAUGCUGCAUCUCCUGUUAUUUGUUUUGCUGUCGUUGGGUCUUUGAAAGCUUCGCUUGCUGUAAAGUAG